CCUUACUCUGUGUUUCUGUCUCCACAGCAAACAUCUUGACAGUCAUCAUCCUUUCCCAGCUGGUGGCUCGCAGGCAAAAGUCCUCCUAUAACUAUCUUCUAGCUCUAGCUGCUGCUGACAUCCUGGUUCUCUUCUUCAUCGUCUUUGUUGACUUUCUCAUGGAAGACUUCAUCUUAAACAAACAGAUGCCUCAGAUGCUGGACAAAAUAAUUGAGGUUUUGGAAUUUUCUUCCAUCCACACCUCCAUUUGGAUUACGGUUCCACUAACUAUUGAUAGGUAUAUAGCUGUGUGCCAUCCGCUGAAGUAUCACACAGUCUCCUACCCUGCUCGUACUCGAAAAGUCAUUGUCUGUGUCUAUAUCACCUGCUUUUUAACCAGCAUCCCCUACUACUGGUGGCCCAACAUUUGGAUUGAAGACUACAUAAGCACAUCAAUGCAUCACGUCCUCAUCUGGAUCCACUGCUUCACUGUUUACUUGGUGCCCUGCUCCAUCUUCUUCAUCCUGAAUUCCAUCAUUGUGUACAAGCUGCGGCGAAAGAGCAAUUUCCGACUGCGAGGGUACUCCACAGGGAAAACAACAGCCAUUUUGUUUACCAUAACUUCUAUUUUUGCCAUACUUUGGGCACCAAGAAUAAUCAUGAUAUUGUACCACCUCUACGUAUCACCUAUAAACAACAGCUGGGUGGUACAUAUUGUGUCAGACAUUGCCAAUAUGCUAGCACUGCUGAACACUGCAAUUAAUUUCUUCCUCUACUGUUUUAUUAGCAAAAGAUUUCGCACAAUGGCAGCUGCCACGCUGAAAGCCUUCUUUAAGUGUCAGAAGCAACCUGUGCAAUUCUAUACAAACCAUAACUUUUCCAUAACAAGCAGCCCUUGGAUUUCCCCAGCCAACUCCCACUGCAUCAAAAUGCUUGUUUACCAGUAUGAUAAGAACGGAAAGCCUAUAAAAAUAUCACCAUGA